GAGAGGCUGUUGAACUCUGGACCAAUCUCCCGAUCUAUGCGGGAGAUCUUUAGAAAGUGCUGGUUCGAGAAUGGGCGAGCCUGGCGGUUUCUGACUCCAGAGCAGAGAGAUUUCUAUUGGGAGGAAUUUAAGAAGGAAUACUGGUGGGAUACGGCGGAUUACAGCGACGACGUCAUCAAAGGUGUAUUCAUGACGCAUGCUGCCAAUCGAUACAAGGACGUUAUUCACAGGAUGAGAGAGAAGGACGGAAAACAUACCUCGAUCAGCCAAGAUAUUUGGGAUUCCUGGCAGGCCGUCUGGGCGUCAGAGGACGAGAAGAAGAAGUCCGAUGUAGCUCGCGCUAAUCGGAUGAGCGAGCCUGCUGGAGCCGGUUCCGGACCAGUACGCCAUACAGGGGGAUCCCGUUCCGCCAUCAGACAUAUGGAUGUGUUGGCUGACGAGCUCGGCCGCAAGCCUACCGCAACGGAGCUGUAUACUCGGAUGCACUCCACGAAAGCUGAUAAGGGUGUCAUGGUAGACAAGAGGGCCCAAGACAUGAGUGAUGCAAUUGCUCAGAGACUUGCUGCUGCAUCGCAGCCGCCGACCGGAGAGGGUGGUUCGUCUAGCACAGCGGAAGUCGACGAGACGCAGCUAUUUCUGGAUAUCGAGGGCGUCAACAAGAAGCGGCGUGUCUACGGGUUGGGUUCAGCGACUAGUGCGUACGUCGAUACGACGACGUCUAGUAGGGCGAGGACCAGGUCCACACAGUCACAGCGAACUGAGGAGGAGAUCGAGCGGCGUGUGCGGGCGGGGAUCCAGGACGGACUGCGCCAGAUUACCACUGAGGUGGAGGAUCUCCGUGCCCAGCAUGCGAGAACCAAUGAGAGGAUGGCCGAGAUUAUUCAGGCCGAGAUGGCGAAGAUGAUGCAGACUCUUCCUCCGCAGUAUCGCCCACCCCCAGGUCCUUCAGACGAUGACGACACUCCGACUUUGUAGUGUCACGUUUGUAUUUCUGACAUUUUGUAUUUUGUCACUUUUAUACAUUUUGUGUUAUCUUGUUUUAUACAUUUUCUUACGAUAUGUAAAAUAUAACAUGUUUUUAUAUGAAA